GAGAGGCACGUGACAUCCAGGAAGCUGUCUCAGUGCAGUGAAAGUAGUUUGAAGAGGAAGCGCAGUCGUUCCCCCUUUUGUGCAGCAGAAAAACACAGCUCAAAAGAGGACAAUGGCUCCUCAGGCCAACCCCAUCCUGCUGGCCUCCUGGCUCCAGGCGUUCUGCUCUGUCAUCUUGGCUGGGGUUCAUCAUUACUCCCGCUCUCAGCUCAUCCUGUCCCAGGAGGUGCCAGGAUUGCCAAAGACCCAGGACAUGUUGAAGGUGAACUAUUUGGUGUUCACAUACUAUGACAGCACCACCAAAAGGCUGACAACCCGGAAUGGCUACAACCCUGAGACUCAAGAGACCCAGGAGUGGUGGAGGGGAGGGAACACGCGCUGCCAGGUGUGGAACCCCUGGAUCGAGACCGAGUUUAAGGCCCUGGUGCAGGCAGUGAAUGCCAGCUCCCCAGGGACAGAGCUCUACUACAUGCAGGUUUUGCACACCUGUGAUUUGGAUGAAGCCACAGGGGCCAUCACAAUUGUCACCAGGCUUGCCCUUAAUGGCGAAGAUAUUCUACAUUACCGGGGAGACCAGAAGCAAUGGUACCACACGCACCCAGCUGCCCAGAGACUGGCUGAGAAGUGGAACCAAGAGAGGCAGAAGCUGGAGGGCAUGAACACACCAAGCCCUCAGAGGUGCAGAUUCCUCAUCCAGAUGACUGCACCAUUUUCUGCACAGAAGACAGCCAAACCAAAUGUGCAUUUGAGCCUUAUCCCAGCAUCACAGGGGCAGCCACAGUACCUCACCUGCCAUGUGACAGGGUUCUUCCCCCCCGAUAUUGAUGUGACCUGGGAGAGGCAGGGCCAGACGGCUGAGGGGGAGCAGCAGACCAGUGGGGUGCGACCCAAUGAAGACCACACCUUACAGAUCCGGGUGAAGAUCGAGUUGGGGGAGAUGGGGGUCAGCCCUGCGGAGCACGUGUGUGUGGUGCGGCACAGCAGCCUGGGGGAGACCCCACUGAGGGUGGCCUGGGCUUCUUCAGGUGAAAAGGUUGCAGGAAAUACCUACAUCAUAUUGGCUGCUGCAGUCAGCAUCCUCCUUGCCUUUGGAGCGGGAUCCCUGUGGUUUUAUCGGAGGAGGAAAGAGUACAAGGACAGGCAGUAUCGUCCACCCUGCGAUCAACCAGAAUCAGCAGACUCCUCCAGUGCAGGACAAUCCUCAGCCAGCCUCUCUAUCACAGAAGCCAAGGAGUGACCCUCUUUCAAACCUAUCACCUUGUGGGGCAACACCUGUCUGCCAGCCUCAACACUGGACAUUUGAAGGAUUUGGGGCGCAGGGGGGCGCUGUAGAGGUAGGAGUUGAAGGGACCCUUUCAAACGCCUUUUCCAGCUCCUGAAUUGGGCAAGAGUAGAUGAACUGUCAAAACUCAGGAGAGGUAUCCUAAAUUGGGUUUAAACUGUUACUUUUCUUACUGUUACUCAUUUUCCUCCCCUGACUGCCCCCUUAUAAUUUAUGAGCCAAUCACAGGUAGAAAUGUUUACAUCAUCUUGUUUGCCAGUUUUAUAAAUCUUUGGCUAUUUGCCUAUUUAAAACCCUU